UGACGAAUGUUAUUUUCGAGUUGCAGUUUUCGGUUACGUGGCUAAAUUUCUCGUUUUUGUGAAAAAUGGGUAGUUUUGGGCCAAUUUUCGCCGUAUUUUUGAUAUUUUUGGGGUUGUGUUUUGCUCAGGAAAGGGUUGAUCAACGAGGAGCAGGCCGAUUGAACGAUCCAAAUGCAGUUUUGGGAGAUACGGGACAGCGUGGCAGCCUAAAAGGAGCUCCACAGCAGCACUUCAGGCAAGGUGAUCAAGUCGCACGACUAGACCAAGGGGUACCGGUCAGGCAUAUAGAUGAUUCUAACCUCGUUAAUAUGCCGCAGGCUGGUAUCCCACGCCAGCCUGUUGUUGGGGAGGAAAAAUUGAGGCACAGACAAAGAGCUAAACCACUUAUCGCUGGUUUGAGCACCAGUCAAGAAUGCGGAGAAGAUGUCCAAAGAAUCUGUGGUCACAGGAAUUUACAAAGUAAUUUGGAAGUUCUGGCCUGCGUUACAAAUUCAGAUCUUGACGAAACUGAUUUAAGUGAAGAAUGCCACGAACAUAUUUGGCAUUACAAACUUAACAUCACAAAAGAUCAAAAAUUUUCAAGCGUUGCUCGUGAAAUUUGUAAACCGGCUUUAGAAAAGUUUCCGCAAUGUGCGAAGUUUGAUGACGCGAGUGGGAAAUUGAUUCCUUGCCUUCUUGACGAAAAGGAUAAAAUCCAGUUAAGGCCGUGUUAUCAUUUUUUGGUAAAAAUGGGGACAAUUAUUUAUAGCGAUUAUCGGUUAGUUUGUAAUUUCAUCGAAGACUGUAAAGAGGAUAUUCAGAAACAUCAUUGCGCAUUUUUGACUCAAGCGAAUAAAGAUGGUGACACUGCCGCGCAUUCGCAAGGUGCCGUGAUAAAUUGUCUCGAGGAAAAAAUUGUUGACGGUGAAACAGUAAAUGAAGAUUGUGCGAAACAAAUUGUACGACUUUCAGAAUUAACGUCUGAUGAUUAUCACCUUGACAGGAAUCUUUAUUUCGCUUGCAAGGACGUGCGUGAGCGAUUAUGCGAAGAGGUCCAAUCAGGUGAAGGAAAAGUUUAUAAAUGUCUUUUUCGACACAAGUUUGACCACGAGAUGACGCCAGAGUGCCGUGAGGCUUUAACUUUGCGUCAAAAGCUUCUUGCGCGAGACUAUAAAGCAAGUUACGAGCUUAUGAACUAUUGUCAAAAAGAUAUUGACACGCUUGGAUGCAUUCAUCACCCAGAGUAUAGGGUACAAGACGCCAAUGAUCACGGCGAUAUUAUCGGCCUUUCUGGAAUGCUUCUGUGUCUAGAAGAAAUCGCUCAUCAUCAAGAUACACAGUCUCACGUUAGCCAGCAGUGUGAAAACCAACUCGCCGAUUUCCGACAAAUGUUAAGCGAGGAUUACCAAAUGAGUCCUGAGAUAGUACGUGGUUGUUCCACUGAGAUAAAUAUUUGCGCUGAAAAAGAAGAAGUUUUAAAGAACGGGCAAACAAUACACUGCCUUAUGAAUCUGGCUCGAAAUAAAGACGGCAUUGGUGAGAGCUGUGAAGCCGCGAUAAUGCAUUUAUUGAAAGAAGAGGAGGUUUUGUCAGACUAUCGCAUGGAUUACGCGCUUGCUCAAGCUUGUACUCCGGUCGUUCAAACGGCAUGUUCUCAUCUUAAAGAUGGAGAUCCAAUGAUUCUAUCCUGCCUUAUGGAUCAUUUACAUUCAGAUACGAUGGUGGAGGAUUGCCGCAAUCGUUUGCUUGAGUUACAAUAUUUCAUCAGUCGAGAUUUUACCCUGGAUCCAAUUUUCAUGAAAAAAUGUAAAAACGAUGCGAAAAAUCUCUGUGGUAUAGAGAAAUUUGGAAACACUGAAAAUGAUGUUGAAAUGCCGUACUCUCUUGUAGUAUCAUGUCUUUAUCGACACAUUCCCGGGGCCGUUCAACCUCGAGGCGGCCCAGUUAAUAAAAAAAAGCAAACCUCACGUGGAUGUGCAGAAGAAGUUCGAAAAAUCAUGAAAACGAGAGCGUUAGAUUUUCAAUUAAAUCCAGAUUUGGAGAAAGCUUGCCGAAUUUCCCUCGGACAAUAUUGUUCUGAUAACGUAGUAGAAAAGGGAAUGGAGCUUGUCUGCUUACAAGAUGCGUUUGAGAAUAUAACACUCGAUGCUGAUAAAGGGCAAGGAGACGCAGAAAAAUGCAUUGAUAAACUCGAAGAGAUUACUGAACUGGAAGAGGGGGAGGCAGGGAAUUUGGAUAAUAUUUUACUCAGAGCUUGUGAGCCUGAUAUUGAUCGUUUAUGCUCAGACAAACAGGAUGAUGAUGAAAAUGAAGGCGAGGUAAUGCAGUGUUUGAUUGAUAAUAAAUUCGACCUCACAGAUGAUUGUAAAGCCGGCGUGUUACAUUUCCAACUCAUUGAAUUGAAAGAUAUAAAUUUUAGUUAUAACUUCAUGAAAGCUUGUAAAAGUGACGUCGAAAAAAAUUGUUUGACCGAAGGGAAUAAACGGAAAACUAAAAAUGAGGUUGUUGAAUGUCUCAGUGAGAUACAUUUACGAGAUAUUGUUGAAAAACGUGACGACACGAUCUCCGAAGAGUGCAUCGCUGAACUUUCGGUUGAAAAUUUACAACGCCACGAAGAUAUGAAACUUAAUCCUUCAUUGAAAAAUGCUUGCCAAGCUGAUUAUAAAAAAUUUUGCAAAAAAGGUAAAGUGAAGGGCAUUGAAUGCUUGCGAAUGCACCAUCAUAAAAUCAGUAAUCAUUGUCGAAAACAACUUUUUAAAUUCGAAAAAGAAGAAGCGAUUGAACCAGACCUUGAUUUCAUUCUAAGAAGGACAUGCAAAUCAGCAAUUAUGCAGUUUUGCCAUAAAGAAGGCGAGUCACAAUCAAUUUUAGACUGUUUGAUUCGAAAUAAAGAAAAUUUAGAGGACGCCUGCCACGAUAUUGUCCAUGAAAGAGAAAGGGAGCAAUACUCAGACAUAAACCUCAAUCCGGAGUUAAAAGAUGCUUGCGAAAACGAUAUUGACACUCACUGUAAAGAGAUUUUGGAUGAUUUGAAAAAAGGCGAAUCGAAAGGGGAUGACAUGACCGGCCAAGUUACCGAGUGUCUCAAGGAAGUUGAACUAGAUCAGGGUCGUGAACUCACACGAUCCUGCUCAAGGCACAUUCGAUUCGUUAUAAAACAGGAAGAGAAUGAUUAUAGUUUAGAUCCAAUGUUGACCUUAAAUUGCUUAAAAUCGAUUCAAGAAAUUUGCAAACCAAAUAAAGUUCCAAACGUAAUUGAAUGCUUGAAACAUGCUUACUUCAACGGCGGUUUACAGAAAGAUACGAUGUGCAUGGUGGAAGUGGCGCGUUUACUCAAAGAAGGACGCAUGGACAUCUUAGCGGAUCCUGUUCUACACAACCUCUGUCAGAUGGAUAUACGGCGCCAUUGCAGUGACGUCGCGGAGGGCAAAGGUCGCAUUAUGGGUUGUUUAUUAUAUACAAUAGAACAGGGACAGAAAGAAGUCUUGCGUGAUUGUGCGGAUGCUCUAAUACAGCGGAAAGAAAUGUGGGACUAUGCAGUUGAGCACGGUGCAAAGGGCUUCCCGGGUCUCAUGAAGCAAGUAAUGACUUCCCCAGACUCUAGUUACUUACUAACUGGUAUAACUGCUUUUCUAAUUUGCAUCCUUAUUUUGGGGAUGGUCUGCGGAAGAGUAACAAAGCGUGUAUCUCGGCAGAGAAAAAUGCUUUGAAAACACAUUUUUGACGAUUUUAUCGAUGUUUAACAUAAAAAGUGCGCUUUCCAACAUUUGGUAAAGUUGUGUGUUAUUAGGCUAUAGCCACCCCCUACUUCCCCUGUUGUCACAGUUUUUGUUAUGAUGUCAUAUUUAUUGUUUAUGAUGACUUGUCUUUCUAUAAUGUCAUAAUAAUAGCGCUAAUAUCUGUUUUUCCUGAUAUCUGAUAAGGCAGGCUGUAUUCAGAAUUCGAAAGAAACCAGAUCUCCCUAGCUUGCAUGGAGCAUUGUUCAGAGCACAAUUUUUUUCUUUUGGUCAAGGAUAAGGGAUUAUUAAGCUUCAAAUAAUAGAAGGACACAUUUUUUUCAACUUUUUUUUUUGGGGGGGGGGGGGGGCACUACCUUUUAGGCAACCAAACUAAACUUGAUGUAUGGUAAUCGUAGGUGAAAAAAAGCAUUUUUGAAACUUUGAAAAAUACAGUUUGCUUAACAGUGGUAUUUGUUAUUACCAUUGUUUCAUCUCCCGGGAUAAAUAUGGAAGUCAGGCCCUAAUUAUUCAUGAUUUCAAAAAAAAAAGGAAACCUUAAAAAUAUUUUAAACUGGGUCAUGAUCAACAAAAACACAUAGAAGUCAAUGUACAUCUAAUAAGAGUUGAAUUCGGAAAUGCAAGAAAGUUGAGAUUUGAUUUAUUUAUUUAAGUUCUUAGAAAUCAAAGAAAGGCCUUUUUGGUCAUUCUGCUAGAGUUGAUUUAUUUAUUGAAUAUGGAAAUGCAGUACAUUUAUUAAAAUAAGCAUGUGAGAUUUGGUAUAAUCUGUUAACUAUCGUAGUUAGUAUAUAGGGUGUCUAUAAAGUCCCCAACAUUUUUUGAAAUUGCAAAGGGAAUUUAUCGAUACCAUAUAUUGUUUUAGCCCUCGCUGAUGUAUUGAAUGAAGUAAAAAUACUUGUAUAAUUACUUAUUAAAGAACAAACAAACCUGGUCAAGAUAUAUAUUGAGAACUGACUUCAUAACAAAAUUGAAAUUGUAAAGAGACUUUAUGCACACUAUAUUGAAGUUGACUUUGAAAAUGCAGUACCGUUAAGAUAAGCCAUAUUUGUGAGAUUUUUUAGAUAUCAUUUUGUAGAUCUUGCAACUAGGUAUUAUAUAUACAGGGUGUUCAUGAAGUCCUUUUACAUGUUCAAUUUUGUUCCGAAGUCAGUUCUCAAUAUAUCUUAAUCAGGCUUGUCUUUUUAAUCUGUGUUUAUUCCAACUUGGGAACAACAGACUAUAAAAUGUGGUAUCGUCAAUGUUAAUGAAAUUAAAUUUGCAUUCCAAAACGUCACAAUUUUUUUUGUCUUACAAAAUAUAAAUGCAGACAAACUAUAAAUGAUUUCGAUGAAUUCCUCUCGCAAUUAAGAAAGUUUAAUGAGAUCUUAAGAACACCGUGUAUUAUUUUGAAUAUUUGAGAAUUCCUAGGCAAGAGGGCGCAUGUAAAAAUUACGAUAAAAUUUAGAUUGAAAAGGGUUUUUUAAACUGUUUUUGUAACCAAAUUUUGAAGCCAUAUUCACCAAAAUACUUUAAUUUAAAAUUGAGAAGAGUUUAAAAACAAAAUAUAGCUUUUCUCUAUUUUUUUUAGUUUCGUAUUUUUAGGUUAAAGCCCUUGUAUUUUAUUUACCUUGUCAAAAAUUUUAAAUGUAUUUGAAAAUUCGAUUCAUUUUUUAAAGUUUAGUUAUUAGUGAUUUAACUUGACAUUAUGGUAAUCACAAAUUAGAAUACCAUACAUCCGGAUAUGCACGCGUAAGCAACCAGGAAACUGUUAUUCAUUGUCUGCUAGCUUAACUAUGCAUUGUAACCUGAUGUUCCAGUCAGUUGAUGGAUACUUAUCUAAUUCUAUGAAGCUGAUGUUUGAAAAUUUUCAAACUUACGGCAUAUUUAUACCCUACUGCAUGGGUACUUAACUAUUUUUAGCGAAGAUCCGCAUACAAAACUUCAAAAUUAUUUGCGUCCGGUGUUUCCAGAAAUUAUAUUUUGGCCUCCUUAAUUGCGCACUUCCUCGACCGGCUAAUGAUUAUUAAUUUAUUA